AAACAUGGCUGAUCUGUGAUGAAUCAGGACCAGCGGACAAACAAAUCACGCAGGUACUGAUCAGAGCAUCAAGAAGAGGAUGGUCCAGUACGAGGAGGAGAUCAACCGGAAACCCGACAGAAACUCACACAUCAUAGACCUCCCACAACAAAAUGACUGUGAGGAGGAUGGUCUGGAUGAGCAGCAGGAGAGGAACUCCAGUCUGGACCAGGAGGACCCAGAGCCUCCACAGAUUAAAGAGGAACAGGAGGAAUUCUGCAGCAGUCAGGAGGGAGAGCAGCUUGGACUGAAACAGGAGAAUGAUACCUUCAUGGUGAUGUCUGCUUAUGAGGAAAGUGAAGAAAGCCAGCAUGUGGACUCAGGAUCAACUAGAGAUGCAGAGCUGAAGAACAGGAGACGUUACAGAAAGAGAAGUUGCAAUAAGAGAGUAGACAACACUGCUGUGUCAAUGAGUCAGAGUCAAACUGGCACAAGGAAAAAAUCUUUUCAAUGUGACGUCUGUGGAAAAACUUUUCGCAAAAAAUAUAACUUUACUAAACACCAGAGAGUUCACACAGACCUCCAACAUGAGGAAGAGGAGGGUCUGGAUGAGCAGCAGGUCUUUAACCAGGAGAAGAACUCCAGUCUGGACCAGGAGGACCCAGAGCCUCCACAGAUUAAAGAGGAACAGGAGGAGCUCUGCAGCAGUCAGGAGGGAGAGCAGCUUGGACUGAAGCAGGAGGCUGAAGGCAUUAUCGUCUGGACUGGGGAAGAGCGGCUCAGACUGCUAAAGACCAUCUGGAAACCUGUGAUAAAGUUGCAAAGAAUAGACCUCCACCAGCAGCAUGUCUUUAAGGACGAGGAGGUUCUCACAGCCCAGCAGGUCUUUAAUCAGGAGAGGAACUUCAGUCUGGGCCGGGAGGACCCAGAGCCUCCACAGAUUAAAGAGGAACAGGAGGAACUCUGCAGCCGGCAGGAGGGAGAGCAGCUUGGACUGAAGCAGGAGGCUUAUACUUCCUUCAUGGUGACUCCUACUUAUGAGGAAAGUGACCACAGUAAACCAGAACCAAACAGUAAGCAGCUCCUUUUUCACAGCUCACCUGAAGAAGAGAGCCGAGAUCAGGAAGAAAGCCAGCAUGUGGACUCAAUAUCUACUAAAAAUGCAGAGCUAAAGGAGAGGAGACAUUACAGAAAGAGAAGUUACAAUAAGAGAGUAGACAACACUGCUGUGUCAGGAAGUCAAAGUAAAACUGACAUAAUGAAAAAGUCUUUUAAGUGUGACACCUGUGGAAAAACUUUUCGCAAAAAAAACCACCUGACAACACAUCUGCGAAUUCACACAGGGGAGAAACCAUAUUCUUGCAGCACGUGUGGGAAGAGUUUCAGUCUGAACUCAACAUUGAAAACCCACACAAGACUUCACACUGGUGAGAGGCCAUAUGCUUGUAUCACCUGUGGGAAAAGAUUCAUUCACAAAUCAGAUUUGGAACGUCAUGUAAGAACACACACAGGUGAGAAGCCGUAUUCAUGUGGCACUUGUGGGAGAGAAUUCAGGCUGAACUCAACAUUGAAAACUCAUAUAAGAGUACACACCGGUGAGAAGCCGUAUUCCUGUAGUACUUGUGGAAAACAGUUUACUGAGAAAUCAUCAUUGAGAACACAUAUAAGAAUUCACACAGGUGAGAAGCCACGUUGUUGUAGUAUCUGUGGAAAAAGAUUUUCUGACAUCUCGGGAGUGAUAAAACACAUGAGAUUUCACACAGGCGAGAAACCGUAUCCUUGUAGCACAUGUGGGAAAAGAUUCAGUCAGAAAUCGGACAUGGCCCGUCAUGUACGAAUUCACACAGGUGACAAACCGCAUGGUUGCAACAUUUGUGGGAAAAUAUUCAUUCAGAGGACCAGCUUAAAGAAGCAUAUGAGAAUUCACACACGUUAAACUUUCAGACUUUCAAAAUGUGGGACAGCUGUGUGUGAGCUCACGCUGAGCAGUAAUUAAUCACUGCAAUGCUUGAAUGAAAAGAUGAUCCAUUUUAAAGUCAGUAUUUUCUGUGCAGAAUAGUGAAGAAGUCUCACCAUUGUUUAUUAGGCCUUUUUCCCUCAUUCCUAUAAUUGUAUCAUGCAAACUCUGGUCUUACAUUUCAUGAAGGUUAACAUUCUGCAUGCUCGUGGCCUGUUGGUUCAUUGUUUAGUUAUUUUAUUUAUUAUGUGUUCUUAAAGUAUUAUUGCAGAGUCUACCUUGCAGUAUAAAGCGCCUUGAGGUGACUGUUGUUGUGAUUUGGUGCUCUAUAAAUCAAAAUCGAAUUGAAUUAUGGUUCAAAUAAAGAUUUUAUUCAAAAUUUUUUGAGUGUUUUUUUUCUCUGAGGUGUAAUGUCUAAUAUAAUCUGUAUGUAAGCAGCAUGACAGAGGGUUCUGCUUUAUUUGUCUUUUUGUCAUGACACACCUGUGGAGGAAUGGAGAUGCUUAGGUGAGAAAGCAGUGGACUUUUUGACAGUGUUGGGGAGUAACGGAAUACAU